CUUUCGCGGAGGAGGGAAGGGGCCGGAGCCAUUUGGUGAUUCGCUGCAUGUGGUCACACUGUCCUGUCCCUGAACAUUGGCUGAAUCGGAUGACCCAUUGGCUGAAUCGGAUGACCCCAGUCUAAGAGAUGAGGCUGCCUUUUGAUACAAUGAAUCAAGGUUAUUUGAUUGAAUUUUGAUCAUGGAGGUGGAGAAACAUGAUGUUUUGCAGUUCAGCAACCAUGGCUGUACCUUUAAGAAGCAGACAGUUUAUCCAAAAGACAGAUUGGUGGAGGAGUCCAAGUCUGGAAAUGUGCCAAAUCAUUUACUGGAAACCAAGAUCUUUGCCACAAUACAGAAAAACAAAGUGAUUGAAGCUGUCCCUGCUAUGUUGCAUUUUGGAGGUUAUGAACUUGGAAAACAUCAUCAACAGACACUGAAACUGGUCAACAUUUCUUCAACAAUGAUAAAUAUUCACAUUCUACCUCCUCAGACAAAGUACUUCCAAGUCAAAUAUACAAAGAAGAAUCAUCUAGUCCCUGGAAUGUCAUUUAAUGUUACUGUCAGUUUCUGUCCAAAUGAAUGGAGAUAUUAUUAUGACAGUAUUCGUAUUCAUUGUAAGGAUGAUGACACUCUACUUGUUCCCGUGCAUGCUUAUCCAGUUGCAAAUAUUGUGGAUUUUCCCACUUACUUAACUGUAAGUGAUGUCCCUCUUGGGCAAAGCAAGGAAAUCAACAUCCCUUUAAGAUGUAGCUGUCCAAUUGAUUUUGAAUUCCAGAUAAAUUUUCUUCAACCUCAUCGUGCAUUCACAAUUCAGCCAACAGCAGGAAUAAUACCAGCCAAUGGACAAGUUGACAUUGUUGUCAAAUACACUCCAUUUGAUCGUACUACAGCUCAAAUUAGGGUCCAACUCCUCAUCUCUCAGUUCAACUCAAAACCUUGCAUUUGUACUAUCAUUGGCACUUCUUCUCCAAGGAUUGACCUUAGAUCUCAAGAUAAAGAUGAAAAAAUCAAAGUUACCUUCACAAAGAAGUUGCUGGAUCCUCAAAGUCUCUCACCAAUGCAAAUUUCAAGGAAGAAGCGACAUCAGAAAAUGUUACAGGAUCAGAGUUCUGGAAAAGAGAAGAGCGUCAAACCAGUUAAUUUAUUAAAUCCACAUGCUGUAGCUGUUGUGUUAAAUGAGCAACCUGGCAAACUACGAAUUAAAGAUCUGCGAAAUGUCUUGACUAACAUUCAAGGAGCAUCAAAAAGCAGACAGGCAAAAGAAGCAAUGUUCAACCAAAAAGUCAAAAAAGAUGUGAUGAUGGAACGAGCUAACCAAUUACGAUGGCAGACACACCUUGGUAAAGAUCCAGUCUCUGCCGAGGCUACGCAGUUGAUUCUGGAAAAUAGGCAGAUAGCAGACAAGGAAUACAAGGUACAUUUGGAUGUUCCUGUGCCAGAAAAAGAAUGUGAAAGGCAUGAAACUGUGAUUUCUUUGAAGCGUAUUCUACGUAGCAUUGGACAGCUUCCAAGCCAUGUCCCAGAAUUUGAUCCUUAUUCUAAUGAUCCCUGGGAAGUUCGACAUAGGGCUCUCAAACACUUUCAGCAAGCUGCACGAAAGGUUAUUAUACAGUGCAGGGUAAACCAUAGAUUGAUUUUGCUGCGAAAACUUGUCAAAAAACUCAAAAGACAACUGGAAAAUAAACUUUGUGUAAAAGAGAGCAGCAUGUUUUCCAAUGAUAGGACAGUUCAGGGAAAUGAAGAAGAAUACCAUUUUGCAAUUGGAAACAUUCAGCAUUUUACAUUCCCUUAUUAUGUUUCCCCUGAUUGGAAGGAUGAAUUAGCUGCGGAUGCACUUGGACCCGUGUCUGUCAAGCCUUCAGAAGUGGUGGUCAAUCAAGUUGUACCAUUCUUCAAUUUAAAGGUAUAUCAACGUUAUAAACAAAUGGAAUACAAACCUUACACUACCCAAUAUGUUUCAUCCAGUUAUCUUCCAUUAACAUUGACAAGACCCCUGACAUCGGGAGCAGAGGACGAGUUGUACUUAAUAAUGCCAACUAAGAAAAAAGACAUUAGAACUGAUACGUCAAUGGAGGAGCUGCAUGAGGCACAUCAAGAUGUUGAAGGCAAAGAGAAACACAUGACAACAAAAGCUUCUAUCUUGUCCUUACAGCCCUCUCCGGGUUUAAUCAAACAGCCUGACUAUCAUCCAUUACAUGUGUUUAAUGCUGCUCCCGAUCUUUGUGCAAAUAAGAGGCCUUUCUCGUAUGCUGAAACAGACAUGGAAUAUCACCUUUGCCCUCUACCAAGGUACCAAAUAACCAACAAAGAAGGAACAAAUGUUCCUAGCACACAGAAGAAAUUCCUUGAUCGAGAUGAAAUAAUCAAAGGUCUAAUGACCUGGAAGAAGUUUCCUUCUGUUGCGCUUUCAUCAUUAUCCAACAGUGACUUUCUAACAAGUACAUGGGUGCCACGAUGGUUUGAUAUAUUUCCAUCUGAUAUGCUUCCUGUUAAUGCUCCGACACAAUUGGAUAGUCUGCCAGAUGACGACAGAGAAAACAUAACCAUGGAAAGUUCUGAAGAGGUUGGCCUAACACCAGAAAUGCUGGAAGCCGAAUUCACAAUGAUUGAAAGUCCAUUACCGUUACCAGAUUGUUCAAAGGAUGAAACAGCAAAAGACGAUGGCGAGCCAUUAAAUGCUAAUCUUUCGCAAACAUCUUUUGCUGAUGAGAUCAUUACAAGGGAACAACGAGAAGAGCAGCUGAACCUUUGGCUAGAGUCCAAUAAUAACCGUCUGGGAUCAAGUAUUCAAAUGCGGUUUGAGCAGCUAAGACAGAUAUGCAUCAACAAGCAGUUGCUUCUUAACUGAGUUACCUUAUUCCACACGAAACUGAACUGCUACUGCUUUGGUUAUAUUUUUAACUUUAAAGGACAAAUUUGCUGUUUGGCAUGUAAUCAUUGUAACAUUUGCAAUCAGUUUUUAGAGGUCGAUGUUUGAGUAAAAUUAAUUGAUAAAUGAUUGAGAUUCCAGCAUUA